UAGUAUCGUGAUUAAAUCAUUGAAUUCUAUAAAGUCCAAAAUAACUUGAUAAUUCACUGCCAAAAAGUAACAAGAAAUGAAACAAACGGAGGGCAAUUUACAGAGCUCUCUCCCUCUUGAUAUUGCCCUCAAAAUCGCCUCAUCUCUUGAGGUUAAGUUUAUGCUUCUUUUUCCUUUUUCUCGAAAAAGUUUGUGGCUUUAUAAUGAUUCUAUUUUCUACUUGUUGAAGGUAUUAGAUGUGUGUUCAUUAGGCAGUUGCUCUCGGUUUUGGAGGGAAUUAUGUGGGUCAGAUUGCAUAUGGGAGUCGCUAACCAGAGAAAGAUGGCCUUCACUUUCUUUUCUCAACAAUCCUAUCAGCAAGGAUUGGAGGGAGAUUUAUAUAAGGACGCAUAAAGAGAUGGAGGGAAAAGCUACCUCUGUGAUUGUUUUUGUGGAGCAUUGUUCUCUAUCUGAAUCACUUGAAGUUGGGGAGUAUUAUAAAGCAAUUGAAGAUUUAGAUUCUAUGCAGAUUUCGUUCAGAGAUAUUCAGAUGUUUCUUUUCAAGCCCAAGCUUAGUGUGCUACUAAACUUGGUUGGCUUACACUACUGCAUUUUCUGCCUUAAAGUGCCGGCUGAGCAUCUCAUGGAUGCAAUCCUGUUUUGCAAAAUUUCAGAGCGGCUAGUCUGUGUAAAAUGGUGGAAGCUUGGCAGAUGGUUGUAUGGGUUCCGCAUGAGGGAUGAGUCCCAUUCUCGUAAGGUAUCUUUAGCAGAUCUUGUGACAGACAAAGGGGAGGAGGUUCUCGGGGUCCUUCGCCGAGGUGCCAUUCAUGAGGUCUUACGUGUCAAGAUAUGCAUUUCAAGUGAAAUAUCUACCCCUUGGCCUUGUCAAAGUUCUCAGAUACAGUAUUAGGUUUGCAGAAAUUGUAGGCCUUCUCAGUUAUGAUCUAUCUUGCAAUUGCCAAAGAAAAGAGAAGCGCUUUUGUGAUUUUGUCCUUCUCUAAGGUGGCAUUCUCUAGCCACCAUCAUCAUCACUGUGUCAAAAAAAUAAAAGAUAAAAAAGAAAGAAGUAAAGAAUGACUACAGCAGUGAUCUGUUCAUGUCUAUAAUGUUUGUCUCUGUAAAUUAGCAAUAGCCAUGUAAGUUUUUCUUUGGCUUUUGUCAUUUGUGGAAAAUUACGGUACUGAAGGAAGCUGAAACCUUAAUUGUAUACUUGUAUAAUUGUGAUAAACAUUGUCAAUGUAUAUAAAAUAUCUGUUUUUAUGUA